UUUCAGAAUAGCUGUCAUGCUAUGAAAACGUUAGAAACGCAUUUCCUCCUUCUUAAAAUUUCAUUUAACUAUAUGCUAGUUUCGUUUCAUAUCAGAUGAAUAACAUACACGCUCAUAGAUGAACAAAUGCGUGUUUAGCAAUAGUUGUGUUCAAGCAGAAUUAAUCAUUUUUAUUUUUUAGUGCAGUAAAUAGUGCGUUUUGCAAUUUUUAGAAGCUGACGCCUGCCAUUUGAAAACUCAUUUAUUUUUUAACAUGCUUAAUUAAGUGCGAUUUUGUAGUGCAACGUGUAGUUUGAAACGUAUAAGCGUCAAAAUGCGCUUUACUUUGAAUUCAGCGCGAUAUACUCUAGUCUAGGCGUUAACGCCAGUCACAUGAUACCGAAAGAGAAAUGAUUUACCUGCUGACCGUCUGUCACACCUGUACGUGUGUGUCUGAUCACAGCGAUACCGAUCGAAUCUGACACUCCUGUUCUCUUAUAUAUUCGAUAUACAUUUGUUUAAUCUUCUCAAUGGAGGAUCAGGACUCUGGAAAUGUGUGACUUUUAUAUUCAACCCUGAACUAAUUGGAGAUUCAUCAGUCUGUAGAUUCACCACUAAACCACAGACAUGAUCACAGAUCAGCAAACAAACCCAGAAAAACAGACUGAGACCAGCAUGCUGAAACAUCCAGACGAGAUCAAACCAACAAACCCCAGUGAGAGCGUCACUGAACUCAGCAGAUAUGAUGGAGAUCAGCCGGACAGCAGGACGGAGAGCAGCAGAGAGCUGGAGAAACAAGACGAACCGAUGGAAAUGCAGAAGAAGCCAUGGGACACGGACGACGGCUCGCUAGCUGAUGAUGAGGAUGAAGAUGAUGAAGAAGAUGGCAAACGGCUCCAGGAUGCCUGGAGUCCAGAAAAAGCUGUGCAGGCGUUCACGCCGAACGUGAUGAUCGUGCAGCCGACGGGACACGAGAACGUCCAGAAGGACAUUCAGAUGAAGAAGAUUCCUUUGUACGUGCAGAACUUUCACACAAACCCUCCAGAACAUUUCCACCCGGCGUGGAUUGACGAUAUAGACAAACCCGAAGACAGUUGUGUGGAGAUCGUGCGCUUGUGUGUGUGUGUAACGGCUGCUGCGGUGAUUUUCCCAUUACUGACGUGGGGAGGAUACAAGCUCCUCCCCUUCAAUGCCCCUCCCCUCAACAGCUCCGCCCUCAGGCUCAUGUACACGUUACGCUGCGCAUUCUUCGCCAGCUUUCCCAUCAUACUGGGUGUGCUGGUUCAGGGUGUGUCGCGUCUGAAAUUCGGGAAGCUGAAGCCUCUGUUUGACGGAACGUGGGAAAAUCGCGAGGUGGCCGUUCAUGGUCAUUACGUGCGAGACUCGCUAUACCUGUACCUGCUCUACUUCAUGCAGCUUGCUGUCAUGGCAACAUACACCCAACAGGAAAUGCUCAAACUGGUGCCGCUUCUCACCAUGAUGUUUGUCUUUGGCAGACUGAUCUACUGGGUGUGUGUCGUAUUCGGCAGCAGCGUACGAGCGCUCGGAUUCGCCCUGUCCUUCCUGCCUCUGCUUGUUCUGUUGGGCGCAAACCUUUAUUUCAUUGGCUCGGUGAGUGGACAGGAGGCGGUGUUUCACGUGACCCCGCCCACUACAGCCCCACCCCCAAAGCAGAGAUGGUGGGGCUGAAAACAUCGUCUGAAUAAUCAGAAUUGUUACUUAAAAAAAAAAAAAAGAGUUUUUUUACUGCAGAAGUCACGCCCGUCCAGCGAGAUGAUCAAAGCAUAAAGACUGAAAGAGUAAAUUAAGGACUCUCACUUGCACUGAAAGGCAGAGACAAUGAAUGGGCUGAAACGCGAUAUGUGUCAUGAUAAAACCAGUUUAACUGCUGCAAACGCUCUUGAUUUGGGCUUUCAGCAAAUCUGACCUCAGUAGUUAAUCACUAUGACUUCACAAACAUGUCUGAAAUCAAAAGAAAUUGAUGUAAUGUGAAGAAAAUACUGGUAUAUUUAAAACAUGCUUAAUUAUAAAAACAACGUCAGAAGUGUAACGGAACUAAAAUAGCAAAAUUUAAUUGAAUUUUAACCUGGACAUGUCAUGUGUUUUUUUUUUUUUUUUUUUUUUUUUUUGUGAGAUUAACUUAGUCUUGGAUAAUAAUUGUAUUUUUUUGUAUUACAGGAAAGUAUUUGGACGCUUAAUGUUUCAGACAUGUUGUUUUUGUCAUGCCAUGAUUGUUGCUGAAAUUUCAUUGAUUGUGCCAUAUUCUUCAUAUGUAAUGUUUAUCAUAAUGCAGUCUUAGUGAAUCUGAUGUUUCCAUCUGCACAUGAUGUUUGAAUGUUUAUGAAUAAAUGAUGCACAAGAUGUUUGAUUUUAA